UACCUUUAUACUAAAGAGUAUGACAAAGCAAGAGAAUUUCUCGAAAAAGCGUUGCAAAUUUACCAAAAAUCACUAGGUCCUGAAGAUGUUAUGGUAGCUUUUACUUUUGAUAACAUUGGUAACUUGUAUCUUGAUACUAAAGAAUAUGAAAAAGCAAUUGAAUUUCACGAAAAAGCGUUGGAAAUUGAGCAAAAAUCACUAGGUCCUGAACAUGUUGAUGUAGCUAGGACUUUUUAUAAUCUUGGUAACGUUUACCAAUGUACUAAAAAAUAUGAAAAAGCAAAAGAAUUUCUCGAAAAAGCGUUGGAAAUUGAACAAAAAUCACUAGAUCCUAAACAUGUUGAUGUAGCUACGAUUUUGAACUCUCUUGGUCAUGUGUAUUAUGACACCAACAAAUAUGCCAAAGCCAAAAAGUGUUAUGAAAAAGCGUUGGAAAUUCGACAAAAAUCAUAUGGUCCAGAACAUGUUGAUGUAGCUUCGACUUUAAACAAUCUUGGUAAUGUGUACCUUUAUACUAAAGAGUAUGACAAAGCAAGAAAAUUUCACGAAAAAGCGUUGAAAAUUGAACAAAAAUCACUAGGUCCUGAACAUGUUGAUGUAGCUGCGACUUUAAACAGUCUUGGUGUUGUGUACCAUAAUACAGAAGAAUAUGACAAAUCAAAAGAAUUUCUCGAAAAUGCGUUGGAAAUUCGACAAAAAUCACUAGAUCCUGAACAUGUUGAUGUAGCUAGGACUUUUUAUGAUCUUGGUAAGGUGUACCUUUAUACUAAAGAAUAUGACAAAGCAAGAGAAUUUCUCGAAAAAGCGUUGGAAAUUUACCAAAAAUCACUAGAUCCUGAACAUGUUGAUGUAGCUACGACUUUAAACUAUAUUGAAAAUGUCAAAGCAAAAGAAUUUUAUGAAAGAGCGCUGGCAAUUCAAAAAAAAUCAGUUUCUUCGGAUCAUGUUGUUGUUACUGUACUAUCGAAGAGUAUUGAAAUAAAGUCUGAUGAUACUGCUGAUGCUAAAUCCCCUUCAAAUUUACACGUUCAUACGGAAAAAAUAGAAGAAAUUAAGCAAAUUCUGCUAGAGAUUGCCCAAAAAGUUCCUGAUAAAUGGAAGAAUUUGGCAAUAUUUCUGAAUGUCAGAGAUGCGACACUAAAAGAAAUUGAACUAAAUCAUGAUGACGUGAUCUGGCAAGGGUUUGAAAUGCUAAAGUUUUGGUUUGAAUCACGAAAAAAUGAGCAGUUGUGGUACGAAGAACUUGCUGCUGCUCUUCGCAAAAUCGAGAAAAAUAAUUUGGCUGAAAGCGUUCUUCAUACAGAAUUGUCAAGGCUUGUAAUAGACGGUCGAAAAAAAUCACAUGUUCCUGAACAUGUAGAUGUAGCUACGACUUUGAACAAUCUUGGUAAUGUGAAUUAUGAUAUCAACAAAUUAGUCAAAGCCAAAGAGUGUAAUAAAAAAGCUUUGGAAAUUCAACUUAAAUCACUUGGUCGUAAACAUGUUGAUAUGGCUAAGACUUUAAACGAUCUUGGUAAUGUGCAUCUUUGUACUAAAGAAUAUGAGAAAGCAAAAGAAUUUUUUGAAAAAUCGCUGGAAAUUCGACAAAAAUCACUUGGUUUCGAACAUAUUGAUGUGGCAAAGACUUUUAGCAAUCUUGGCAAUGUGUAUUAUUGUACUAAAGAAUAUGAGAAAGCAAAAGAAUUUCACGAAAAAGAGUUGGAAAUUCGACAAAAAUCACUUGGUCCUGAACAUGUUGAUGUAGCUACGACUUUAAACGAUCUUGGCAAUGUGUAUUAUUGUACUAAAGAAUAUGAGAAAGCAAAAAAAUUUCACGAAAAAGCGUUGGAAAUUCAACAAAAUUCACUUGCUCCUGAACAUGUUGAUGUAGCUACGACUUUAAACGAUCUUGGCAAUGUGUACAAUUGUACUAAAGAUUAUGACAAAGCAAAAGAAUUUCUCGAAAAAGCGUUGGGAAUUCGACAAAAAUCACUUGCUCCUGAACAUGUUGAUGUAGCUACGACUUUAAACGAUCUUGGCAUUGUGUACAAUUGUACUAAAGAUUAUGACAAAGCAAAAGAAUUUCUCGAAAAAGCGUUGGGAAUUCGACAAAAAUCACUUGGUCUCAAACAUAUUGAUGUAGCUUCGACUUUAAACAAUCUUGGUAAUGUUUAUCUUUGUACUAAAGAAUAUGACAAAGCAAAAGAAUUAUUUGAAAAAGCGCUGGAAAUUCGACAACAAUCACUAGGUUUUGAACAUGUUGAUGUGGCUACGACAUUAAGCAAUCUUGGCAAUGUGUAUUAUCGUACUAACGAACAUGACAAAGCAAAAGAAUUUCACGAAAAAGCGUUGGAAAUUCAAAAAAAAUCACUUGCUCCUGAACAUACUGAUGUAGCUACGACUUUAAAUAAUCUUGGUAAUGUGUAUUAUGAGACCAACAAAUAUGCCAAAGCCAAAGAGUGUUAUGAAAAAGCGUUGAAAAUUCGACGAAAAUCACUUGGUCUUGAACAUGUUGAUGUGUCUUGGACAUUAAACGAUAUCGGUAAUGUGUAUCUUUGUACUGAAGUAUAUGCCAAAGCCAAAGAGUGUUAUGAAAAAGCGUUGGAAAUUCAACAAAAAUCACUUGGUCUUGAACAUGUUGAUGUGGCUUCGACUUUAAAUAAUCUUGGUAAUGUGUAUUAUUGUACUGAAGUAUAUGCCAAAGCCAAAGAGUGUUAUAAAAAAGCGUUGGAGAUUCGACAAAAAUCACUUGGUCCUGAACAUGUUGAUGUAGCUUCGACUUUAAACAAUCUUGGCAAUAUGUACCAUCGUACUAAAGCAUAUGACAAGGCAAAUGAAGUCUUUAAAAAAGCGUUGGAAAAUCAACAAAAAUCACUUGGUCCUGAACAUGUUGAUGUAGCUACCACUUUAAACAAUCUUGGUAAUGUGUAUUAUGAGACCAACAAAUAUGUCAAAGCCAAAGAGUGCUAUGAGAAAGCGCUGGAAAUUCAACAAACAUCACUGGGUUGUGAACAUACUGAUGUAGCUACGACUUUAAACUUUCGUGGGAAGGUGUACCAUCGUACUAAAGAAUAUGGCAAAGCAAAAGAAUUUCACGAAAAAGCAUUGGAAAUUCAAAAAAAAUUACUAGGUCCUAAACAUGUUGAUGUAGCUAUGACUUUAAACAUUCUUGGUAAUGUGCAUUAUGAUACCAACAAAUAUGACAAAGCCAAAGAGUGUUAUGAAAAAGCGUUGGACGUUCGAGAAAAAUCACUUGGUCCUGAACAUGUUGAUGUAGCUACGACGUUAAACAAUCUUGGUAAUGUGUACUAUAAGACCAAGAAAUACGCCAAAGCCAAUGAAUGUUAUGAAAAAGUGCUUGAAAUUCGACAAAAAUCACUAGGUCCUGAACAUGUUGAUGUUUCUACGACAUUAAACUGCCUUGGUAAUGUGUAUUAUGAUAUCAACAAAUAUGCCAAAGCCAAAGAGUUAAACAUUCUUGGUAAUGUGUAUUAUGAUACCAACAAAUUUGCCAAAGCCAAAGAGUGUUAUGAAAAAGCUUUGGAAAUUCAACGAAAAGCGUUAAGUCCUGAACAUGUUGAUGUCGCUUCGACAUUAAACUAUCUUGGCAAUGUGUAUUUUAAGACCAAAAAAUAUGCUAAAGCCAAAGAAUAUUAUAAAAAAGCGUUGGAAAUUCGACAAAAAUCACUUGGUCCUGAACAUGUUGAUGUAGCUACGACUACCAACAAAUAUGCGAAAGCCAAAGAGUGUUCUGAGAAAGUGCUAGAAAUUCGACAAAAAUCACUAGGUCCUGAACAUGUUGACGUGGCUACGACAUUUAACAUUCUUGGUAUUGUUCAUUAUGAUACCAAAAAAUAUGCCAAAGCCAAAGAGUGUUAUGAAAAAGCGUUGGAAAUUCGAAAAAAAUCACUUGGUCCUGAACAUGUUGAUGUAGCUACCACUUUAAAAAAUCUUGGCAAGUUGUACCAUCGUACUAAAGAAUAUGAGAAAUCAAAAGAAUUUCAUGAAAAAGCGUUGGAAAUUCGACAAAAAUCACUUGGUCCUGAACAUGUCGAUGUAGCCGUGACUUUCAACGAUCUUGGCAAUGUGUAUUAUGAUACAAAUAAAUAUGCAAAAGCCAAAGAUUGUUAUGAAAAAGCGUUGGAAAUUCAGCAAAAAUCAUUAGGUCCUGAACAUGUUGAUGUAGCUACGACUUUAAACAAUCUCGGCAACGUGCACUAUGGUACUAAAGAAUAUGGCAAAGCAACAGAAUUUUUUGAAAAAGCGCUGGAAAUUCGACAAAAAUCAUUAGGUCCUGAAAAUGUUGACGUGGCUACGACUUUAAACAUUCUUGGUAUUGUUCAUUAUGAUACCAACAAAUAUACCAAAGCUAAAGAGUGUUAUGAAAAAGCGUUGGAAAUUCGACAAAAAUCACUUGGUCCUGAACAUGUUGAUGUAGCUACGACUUUUACCAAUCUUGGUAAUGUGUAUCAUCGUACUAAAGAAUAUGACAAAGCAAUAGAAUUUCACGAAAAGGCGUUGAAAAUUCAAAAAAUAUCACUAGGUCCUGAUCAUGUCAAUGUCGCUACGACUUUUAACAAUCUUGGUAAUGUGUAUCUUUGUACUAAAGAAUAUGACAAAGCAAAAGAAUUUCAAGAAAAAGCAUUGGAAAUUCAGCAAAAAUCACUUGAACCUGAACAUGUAGAUGUAGCUACGACUUUUAACAAUCCUGGCAAUGAGUACCAUCGUACUAAAGAAUGUGACCAAGCAAAAGAUAUUUAUGAAAAAGCCCUGGCAAUUCAAACAAAAUCAGUUGCUUCGGAUCAUGUUGUUGUUACUGAGUCAUUGAACAGUAUUGAAAUAAAAUCUGAUGAUACUGCUGAUGCUAUAUCUCGUUUAAAUCUACACGUUCAUACGGAGAAAAUAGAAGAAAUUUACCAAAUUCUGCUAGAGAUUGCCCAAGAAAUUCCUGAUAUAUGGAAGAAUUUGGCAAUAUUUCUGAAUGUCAGAGAUGCGAGAAUAAAAGAAAUUGAACUAGAAAAUCGUAAAGUGGUCUGGAAAGGGUUUGAAAUGCUAAAGUUAUGGUUUGAAUUACGAGAAAAUAAGCAGUUGUGGUACGAAGAACUUGCCGCUGCUCUUCGCAAGAUCGAGAAAAAUAAUUUGGCGAAAGACGUUGCUCAUAAAGGUGCAAAUGUGGCUUAAUAUUGUUAAACUAAAAUUAAAAAGUCAUUUGUCCAUUUUUUAUAAUCGCUAUUUUUAUGUAAAACUCAGAAGCCAACAUUGGAUUGGCUAUGUUGAUUUACGCUUUAAUAAUAUACAUGAAAAAACUUCUCAGUUCUCAUUGGUUAAUUAAGAGCAGUGCAAUCUAUUGUGAAUACCAGAGGGAAAAAAGAAGAAACACGGUGCAGAAAAAAGAAAUACAGUGCAAUUUUUUUAAAAAAAAUUGCUCCGGAUUGGUUAAUCAAACAAUGAAGUGAUCUAAGAGACAAUCAAAAUAAAACGUUUCAAAGGCGUGAAAAUUAAAGUAAGCAAAGCAAAUGCAAUGGCUGGCGCAAGUUUACGUAAAUUUUCUAUGGUGAACGAGCUUACACUUCACCUUUUGCAAGACGUGUUUGAAAAAAAUAUGAACACUGCCAAAAGUAGUCACCUUGUUCUAGCUGCGUGUUUGAAAGCUAUAGUGUUAUAAAAAAUAAUAUCCAAUGAAAUUGUAAUAUACGAGGCAGCCAGAAUUGAGAAAUUUUUUCAUGUAUAUCAAGCCCUUAAUAACUGAGCUCAAGUCUUUACGGAGAAAUAUCGGACCUAGUUCUUUUUGCACCAACCAAGCCCGUAGUAAAGUAAAGAUCGUGAAAGCGAGGUUAUUAAAAUUUUUAUUAUAAACGGCAUUAUUUGACCUGACACAAAGCUUGCUUUCGAUCUCGUCCUUGCUGUUUUGUAAGGGUUGGCUUUCACUAUUCUAGUUUUUGUCAGUAAAAAUAAGUCAUUUUUAGUUUUGUAUCGUCUGCAUAAUUAAACUCUUUUUCGAGAGUUUUUCGUUUUACUCAUAUUCGUUAAUGGGUUUUUUUUUCGGGUUUUUUCGAGAAGUUUGUUUACGUUUUACAUUUGACUAUAAAAUUACGCAUUGUGGACUGUGUAAUAUUCUUUAUUUUUCUUGAUACGUCUCUGACUCUGUCAGUCAGACUACUACUUAUGUACACGACUAUGAGUUUCUUAUAUAGAUAAGAAUUAGCAUAGAUGUAUAUUAAUCAUGUUUCAUUUCAAUAUAUUACAACUUCCUUUUUUAAAACUAGUAUCCUUGUAUUUUUCUGUCUGAUUUUUCUAAUAAUUUCUUUCUAGUUUAAAUAAACGAUUAACUAACUAUUCCCUAUGUAAUGUAACUAAUGUUUUGAUUUUAUAAAUGUCUAUAUUAAAGGUUAAACAUAGUCUUUUCAUUA